AUGGAUUGUAAUUUUCUAACAGAAGAAUUUGUUCCAUUGUUGAAAGAGAAACACACGGCAACAAUUUAUCACCUCAGACAUUUCAUUAAAGGGAAGUAUUAUGGGCAUAUUCUUUCUUACUAUAAGAUAUGGGAUGCGAAACAACGAGCUAUUGCAAAGAUAUUUGGAGAUUGGGAAGAGUCUUACCAAAGGUUGAGAAAGUUAUUGUUGGCAUACUGGGAUCAAGAACCUGGCACCCGUUUCUGGUUUCACACCAUACCCAGGGACGAGUUCGGUGAUACAAUAUUGCGCUAUAUAUUUUGGGCUUUCGCUCCAUGCAUUGCAAGAUUUAGACAUUGUAAGCCAGUGAUCAGUAUUGAUGUGACCCAUUUGUAUGGUAAAUAUCGAGGGGUGUUGUUGAUUGCAAUGGCCACCGAUGCCAACAACAAGGUUUUGCCUCUUGCCUUUGCCGUUGUGGACAAAGAGUCAGGGUCUAGUUGGGGGUGGUUUUUAGAACACCUCAGGAAUGCACUGGGGGAUGUGAUAGCAGAUAAGGACAUCUGCAUAAUUUCUGACCGACAUAAGGGUAUUCAAAGUGCAAUUGCAAACUGGCCUAGACAUGAUGAUGGACGACAACGAGUAGUUCACAGAUAUUGCCUUCGACAUGUUGCUAGCAACUUCAACACGCAUUUUCAGGACGCCAUUUUAAAGUCAUUAGCCUUGAAAGCGGGGUAUGCUACUCAGGAAUCUAAAUUUGAGUUGUACAUGCAACCUAUCAAGGAAGCUGAGAUCGAGGCCCUUAGGAAGAAACGGAGAACCGAGCGGCAGGAAAGUGAACUCGACUCAUCCAUCAUGCCAUACACAUAUCUAAUGAACGAGGAUCUAGACAAGUGGACCCAACUACAUGGUGGUGGAUACCGUUAUGGGGCUAUGACAACUAAUGUCUCGGAGUGCUUCAAUGGAGUACUCAAAGGUGCCCGUGGCCUACCCAUUGCUGCAAUGGUUGAAUUCACUCAUUACAAACUUGUUGCGUAUUUCCAUGAUCGACAUAAAGAAAUUACUCAUGAUCUCUCAAAGGACAAGUGGCAAAUGAGAAAGAUCCCUUGUUCACAUGCAAUUAAAGUUCUUCAGUACUUGGGGCAAGAUGCGACUGCAUAUAUUGACCCAUGUUAUAGUUUGGUGAACGCCAUUCACACCUACUCACAUGCAUUUGUGGUGCCAAAGUCAGAUUCAUUGUGGAGGGAUGUGGAUGGUCCAAAGUGGGUGUCUGACCCAAAACUGUUGCGGGGCAAAGGUCGACCUGUGGCGUCUAGGAUACGAAAUGAGAUGGAUGGGUUCCGGCGAGAACUGGGAAGCCGGAGGCCAGAUUCUAACUUGAGGGAGAUUCAGCAAAAGCAGAGUUGUGGACUGUGUCAUCAACAUGGGCAUAACCGUAGAAGAUGUCCGCUUUCCCAUGGGGCUUCGACAAGCAGUAAUAAUUCAAACUAG